AUGGACGAUAUGGAAGGAUUCGGCGGCGGCGGUGGCAUGAAGCGGCCUCAUGACGACGACGGCGCGUUUGGUGGUGGUGGUAUGGGUGGUGGCCUUGGCGAGGAGGAUUAUCUGAGCGAGAAUGAACAUCAGACAUCCAAGAGUCGAGGAACCGUCACGGUCCAGAUUUUCAUCAAGAAGACGUUCAAGAUGAUCAAUGACUGUGAUUCCAAAAUUGCUUGCUGGACCCCGGAAGGAGAUAAGUUUGUGAUCAAAGAUCCGGAAAUGUUUGCUCAGCAGGUCAUUCCUCAGUACUUUGAUCACAACAAGUUCUCGAGCUUUACCAGGCAACUCAACUUUUACAAGUUUACUCGAGAGCAAUCCAAGGCCAUUAAGAAAAGCGACAGCAGUGCCGAAAUUGCAAGGCAUCAGACGUUCUAUCACAAGUUCUUUCAACGAGGACGCCCAGAUCUCCUCAAACACUUGCAACGAAGUCGCAAAACAAGCUCCUCGCACGAUAAUAAUGAUGAUGUGCAUCCUCACAGCCAAGGAGCCAAAAAACCUAAAUUGGUGUCUAGUGGUGGUGGUGGUGACGACAAGGGAUUUCUCGGGGAACUUGCCAGGAGAAUGGACAGUGCCGAAGUGACCAUCAAGAACCUACAACAAGAGAAUGCUACCUUGAGCUUUGCCGUACAGAAGCUCCAAAAAGAAGGGGAAAUGAAACAGAGGGCAUUGGUGGCAUUACAGGAACAGAUUCGCAUGUCGGAAAUCAACAUGACACAGUCCCUACAGCAACAGCAGUCACAAUUGCUGCAGUUUACGCAGCCAUUGCCAUUUGACAGAGAGUCAUCCUUGUCGGGUGUCAAUGCUUCCACGCUCAUGAGAUUCCUCAGCAUCGAUCCAAAGUUGCAAAAUUUAAUGAGUGUGGAAAACAAGCUACAGAGGCUCACGACACCACCCUUUCGGAAUCUUACCGCAUCGGCUCAGUUUGGUGCUGCUGCAGCAGCCGAGAACCUGGUCCAGCAAGCGACGGAAAAUGCGGCUGCAGCGGCGGCUGCAAGGAGCAAUACUCCCACCAUUCCCCGUCAUCCUCGCAUGAAGGGAGCAUCCGAGGGUCUAACCGGUGCUCCGGGAGCUUCCAUUUCCAGGCAUCAACAACUCAUGAAGGGAGGUGCCGCAUCGGCAGCCGAGGCUCUGGCGGGAGCUGGGUCUGCUGGUGGUGGUGGUGGCGGAGCCACGUUGCCUCGACAUUCCAAAUUCAAGUCGUCGUCUGCAGGAGAAGCGUCUGGUGCGGAUGGUGGUGGUGCGUCGUUGCCACGACAUAACAAUUUCAAGUCGUCUUCCGAAUCAUCUCCACCCGCAGCUGCGGCUCCGGGUCCUGGUGGCGCCGCACUUCCUCGUCAUCCCAAGAUGAGAAGACAAGGCGGGCCUCCUGGAGCCUCGGGGAUAACUACGUCCACCGCAGGAACCAUGGCGAUGCUAGCCCAAAAUGGCUUUUUGGAUAACAAUGGCAAGACGUCCGGUCUCGAAGAGUCCAUACGACAAAGUCUGGAAGACAACAAGCAGGCUGCUGCUAAUGCCGACGCCAACAACAAAAACGAAGCCCUUUUCAAUCUGCAACAGCAGAUGCUGGCUGCGAGAUCGGGGGGUGUAAGCCCCUCUCCCGCUGGCGCAUCUGCACUGGGCUUCAGUAGCGCCGCUCUUGCGGCUUCCAUACAGAACAAUAUGAAUGCAACUGCCCAACUUCGAGGUUUGUCGGGUGGCUUGGGGCAAGGAGGUGAUCUUGGCAGUCUCAGCAAGGAAUCUUCGAUAGCCGCGUUGCGUCUUGGGGCAUCUGGCUUUAACCUGGAACGAGAGCUCUCCAACAUUGGCGGAGAUCCAGUCUCGAGAGAGGAAUCGUUCACGUUGGCGUCUCUGCUAGACUUGUCGCGAGGAAACACUCAGCAGAUCUAA